GUGGGACUUGUAGUCCCGGUCCACAUGUUGCACUACAGUUCAGCCAGGACUCGGAGACGACUCGGGCUCGGAAAGGACCUGGAUUGGGGCGAUCGGGCGAAACGGCCGGACGUUAGCUCUUCCUUGGCUGGCGGUCCGAGGCGCGGGAGGGAAGCGAGCUUCAGCUCGGCGUCAGCCUCAGCAGCCGGGACGCACACGCUUUGCGUCAUGGCGGGCUGAGACCGAUGAUGAAUUCCGGCGUGCAUGUCAGGGUUGCUGUGUCACUCGGCCCGUUCGGCGCUCCCCUUUCCCGUCGCCCUUCCGCACCGGCUCUCGGGCUCUUCCGGUCCUCAGCGGCCUCUCACCUGCAGGCCCCUCGCCUGCCGCGCUUCGGCGCACCCCCGGCCUCCCCUGCGGACUGACCUCGCGCGGUGCCUGGGCCCCGGGCGCCGGACCGACGAGGGCCAUGGCGAGCGGUGCCGCCAGGUAUCGGCUAAGCUGCUCUCUCUCAGGUCACGAGCUGGAUGUGCGGGGCCUGGUAUGCAGUCUCUAUCCGCCGGGGGCCUUUGUGUCCGUGUCCCGAGACCGCACUACCCGCCUCUGGGUCCCAGACAGUCCUAACAGGGGCUUUACAGAAAUGCACUGUAUGAGUGGCCACUCCAAUUUUGUAUCUUGUGUAUGCAUCAUACCUUCAAGUGACAUGUACCCUCAUGGACUGAUCGCCACUGGAGGAAAUGACCACAAUAUUUGCAUUUUCUCACUGGAAAGUCCAGCACCACUUUAUAUACUGAAAGGUCACAAGAAUACUGUUUGUAGUCUUUCAUCUGGAAAAUUUGGGACAUUACUUAGCGGCUCAUGGGACACCACUGCUAAAGUCUGGCUGAAUGACAAGUGCAUGAUGACCUUACAGGGUCAUACAGCUGCAGUAUGGGCAGUAAAGAUCUUACCUGAGCAGGGCUUAAUGUUAACUGGAUCAGCAGACAAGACUAUUAAACUGUGGAAAGCUGGAAGGUGUGAGAGGACUUUUUCAGGGCAUGAAGACUGUGUAAGAGGUUUAGCAAUUUUGAGUGAAACAGAAUUUCUUUCCUGUGCAAAUGAUGCUAGUAUUAGAAGGUGGCAAAUCACUGGCGAGUGUCUUGAAGUAUAUUAUGGACAUACCAAUUACAUUUAUAGCAUAUCUGUCUUUCCAAAUUGUAAAGAUUUUGUAACAACGGCAGAGGACAGAUCUCUGAGAAUCUGGAAACAUGGGGAAUGUGCUCAAACAAUCCGACUUCCGGCUCAGUCUAUAUGGUGCUGCUGUGUUCUAGACAAUGGUGACAUUGUGGUUGGUGCGAGUGAUGGUAUUAUUAGAGUGUUUACAGAAUCAGAGGAUCGGACAGCAAGUACUGAGGAAAUCAAGGCUUUUGAAAAAGAACUCUCUCAGGCAACCAUUGAUUCCAAGACUGGUGAUUUAGGGGAUAUUAAUGCUGAGCAGCUUCCUGGGAGGGAACAUCUGAAUGAACCUGGUACUAGAGAAGGACAGACUCGUCUGAUCAGAGAUGGGGAGAAAGUCGAAGCCUAUCAGUGGAGUGUUAGUGAAGGGAGGUGGAUAAAAAUCGGUGAUGUUGUUGGCUCAUCUGGUGCUAAUCAGCAAACAUCUGGAAAAGUCUUAUAUGAAGGGAAAGAAUUUGAUUAUGUUUUCUCAAUUGAUGUCAAUGAAGGUGGACCGUCAUAUAAAUUGCCAUAUAACAUCAGUGAUGAUCCCUGGUUAACUGCAUAUAACUUCUUACAGAAGAAUGAUUUGAAUCCCAUGUUUUUGGAUCAAGUGGCUAAAUUUAUUAUUGAUAACACAAAAGGUCAAAUGUUAGGACUUGGGAACACCAGUUUUUCAGAUCCUUUUACAGGUGGUGGUCGGUAUGUUCCAGGGUCUUCAUCAGGAUCUUCUAACACACUGCCUGCAGCAGAUCCUUUUACAGGUGGCGGUCGUUAUGUGCCAGGGUCUGCCAGUAUGGGAACUACCAUGGCUGGAGUUGACCCAUUUACAGGGAAUAGUGCCUACCGAUCAGCUGCAUCUAAGACCGUGAAUAUUUAUUUCCCUAAAAAAGAGGCUGUCACUUUUGACCAGGCAAACCCUACACAAAUAUUAGGUAAACUGAAGGAACUUAAUGGAACUGCACCUGAAGAGAAAAAGUUAACUGAGGAUGAUUUGAUACUUCUUGAAAAAAUAUUGUCUCUCAUAUGUAAUAGUUCUUCAGAAAAACCCACAGCCCAGCAACUACAGAUUUUGUGGAAAGCUAUUAAAUGGCCUGAAGAUAUUGUCUUUCCUGCACUUGACAUUCUUCGGUUAUCAAUUAAACAUCCCAAUGUGAACGAGAACUUCUGCAAUGAAAAGGAAGGGGCCCAGUUCAGCAGUCAUCUUAUUAGUCUUCUGAACCCUAAAGGAAAGCCAGCAAACCAGCUGCUUGCUCUGAGGACUUUUUGCAAUUGUUUUGUUGGCCAGGCAGGACAAAAGCUCAUGAUGUCCCAGAGGGAAUCACUAAUGUCUCAUGCAAUAGAACUGAAAUCAGGGAGCAAUAAGAACAUUCACAUUGCUCUGGCUACAUUGACCCUGAACUAUUCUGUUUGUUUUCAUAAAGACCAUAACAUUGAAGGGAAAGCUCAGUGCUUGUCAGUUAUUAGCACAGUCUUGGAAGUUGUACAAGACCUAGAAGCCACUUUUAGACUCCUUGUGGCUCUUGGGACACUUAUCAGUGACGAUUUAAAUGCUGUACAGUUAGCCAAGUCUUUAGGUGUUGAUUCUCAAAUAAAAAAAUAUGCCUCAGUAUCAGAACCAGCUAAAGUAAGUGAAUGUUGUAGACUUAUCCUAAAUUUACUGUAACAAUGGGGAUGGGGCUGAGAUUUUAAAUUGAUUAGUGUUUUUCCUCACAUUUUACAUGAUUGAUAACAGAUGGUAAAAAAAAAAAGGCUGUGGGUUAAGUAAAAUUUCACAUCUUGUAAAGUUGGGGGUAAGAGGAGACAAAGAAGAAAUAAAAUUUUUGCACUGAUGAACUGUGAGAUUUUCCUGUGUGAUGUGGAUAAGUUUUCAGGAGUUUAGAAACAAAUUAAGAAUGAGCUAAAAUCAACAACAACACAGUUGCUACGGUGGCAUAAUGUCCAUAACUUUGCCACAUAAGAUAAGAACUUUUAUUUAUAUAAUCUGCUUUUACUAUUAUAUACCCCAAACUUAUUUGUCAGUGGUUGCCUUUUAUUUAAGUUCUGUACUCAUUUUCAUCACUGAUUCUUUCAAUAGCACCAACAUAUUUCAAGGUCUUAUUUUAGGAUAAGUACUUCAGAAUUUUCAAAAAUUGUUUUGCUAUAAAUUAUUCCAUAUAUAUAUAUUCCAUAUAUGAAGAUAUAAUUUCUUCAUUUAAGUUACUUGUAAAUAGAAAUUAUAUUUGUUUGAUGGCUCAUUUUUAGAUGAAGGAAAAACGACCUACCAAGCUGCAUUAGGUUGGGUAUCAAUUCAACAGAUGAAACCCCAAAUUAACUCCAGGCUUAUGAUCCAGUUUCUUUUGCCCCUCCCUAUUUGAGGUAACUUCAUUAUUCAACUCUAGUUUUGAUAUUAGUUUAUUUUUGGUCAUUUCCAUUGUCUCAAAGGGAAUUUGGAAUGUGUUGAAUUUUAUCAAGUAACUGUGCAAGCAAUAACAAUGUAAUUGGCAAGUCCAGAGCCUAUCAUGUAAAACUAAUAUUUUUGAGCUCCUAACAUGGUCCAGGCAGUGGGCUAACCACUUUGAUAUUUAAUUUCCAAAACCCCUUACAUGAAGAGUGAUGGUGUCUAUUUUCAGAAGUAAAUAUAAUGGGAGGAAUCAUGACAGGAGAAAAAAAAAAAAGUGCAUACCAUACUAUACUUCCUAGAGAGAGGCAUCACAAAUUUGUCUGAACAUCCUAGCAACUACACAAAGGAGGAACCAGAACUCUAAUUACAUAAUUUAAUGUGUCUACAAGAACUUGAGUUUCUUAAGAGAAGCAUAACUAUUCCUAUUUUUAAAAGUGGGAAAGAUCUUUUCACAAGAGGACUUUGCCUAAAAUAGCAGCAUUCUCAACAUUUAUGGUAUACAGAACCAUUAAUUUACUGGCUUUAUGACAAAUUGCAAAGAAGAACAGUUCUUCACCAAUAAGGGAGGAAAGAUUUUCGAUCAUCUGGGUUGAUUCAAGGAAAAACUUUGAAUAUCAAAAAAGAAUGGAUAAAAUAUAAAUAGAGGGAAUGUGUAUUUUGCUGAGUAUUAAAUUGCAACUUUCUGAUGUGUACUCAGACUUUAAAAACUCUGUUGGCUGCCUCCGUUAGGAACCUUUGUUUUACUUUUUGUUGAAUUGAGAUUUAGAUGGUUAAGUCAAAGUUAAAUGGCAAAGUUAAGAGAUUAACCCAGGUCAGCCUGGUUCCAUUACAAUAUACUUCUUUCUUGUUAACAUGUCCAGUCUAGCAUGCAGUUUUAAGUACAAACAAUUUAGCUACAUAUUUUGAAAUACUAGGUAGAAUCUUUGAAUGAUGGGAGGACAUUAAGAAUGUGAGUUCACUCUUCAAAAUGUAAAGGGUGGCAAAUUGUAAAUGCUGUUUGCUUCUUAUAGUGUACAAGUCUUUAUAACAACUUUUAUAGUAUCAGUAUUUCAUGUUUAUUGAAGAAAAAUUAUACAAUUUAGCUAAAAAAAGAUAAUCCCACUUGAAAAAUAAGUGUUAUAUUAUGGUUUUGUGAUAUUUUAAAGUCUUUUUCAGUUAAACUUUUUUCCAUGGUUCCCUUAAUAUUUUUUUGUGAAUAUAAAAACAUAUUCAUCAAAUAAAACACACACAUCAAAUAAAAAUCGCCUGUAAUCCCACUACCCCGAGAGAACCAUUCUUAAUGUCUGUGGCAUAUUAGUAGGUAUAUAAAUGUGCUGUUUUUUUCUUAAAAGACUGUGAUACACAUUGUUUGAUAACCUGAUUUUUAAACUUGACAUGAUAUAGUAUGCAUACCUCCACCUUAAUAAAUAUAGUACAUUAUAUGGA